AGCGGGAAUAAAUCCCCGCACCACACUAACCCUUUACAACUCCGGAGAAUUUAGAACCUGUCCUAGAAGUAAUCGAGGGUGCAAACGCAUGAACACGCGUGUCAAGAACUGAACCCAAAAAAAACUAGCCGAAUCCGGAUCCACAAAUCCAAGUUUUUUUAGUGUCCAAAACCGUUUCUUGGGUGCAGUAUCCUACUGCUGCUUGUGCGCUAGCCUAGUCGUCCUCUUCACAUGGCCUGUGCGUAGGAACCGAGCUUUUCUUCCCCACUGCAAUCCCGGGUAAUCUUGCCAUUCCCCUGUCUUCUUUUCUGCUUUUCUGCUCCAAAAGGCUGUAGGCUUUGUAGUAGCUCGCCCAAUCGACCUCGUCCCUGAAUUCUGCACCUGCUCCUUGUUCCUCGCGCUCUGGGCUCUGGCCCUUCUUGCAAUUACUCCUUGCCGUUCUUGAUGAGCCUUUAAUGGAGAGGAGUUAAGCUUCCCAGUUAUGGAGGUUUUGCUGUGGUAGGCGUUUCGAUCCUUUUCACGGCCGGCUGUUCCUUGGCUUGCAUGCUUGGGCGCAGGCAGGCAGGGAUGGAAACUGUAGCCUCACGCGUUGCCGAGAGAGGCAGCUCGUUUGCCAUCGAAUUGAUGGGAACGAGAGCGUGAGUAGUAAAAGGAGACAGCUUUUUUUCCUUAACGCCUCUCCGUGUGCUCCUCACCGUUCUGGAAAUCGAUCAAACGCCAUCUCCAAUCUCCAUCUCCAUCUCCAUCUCCAUCUCCAUCUCCAUCGUCUUCUUCCUUCUCCAGGAGCCCUUUGGGGUUUUGGAGGUCUCUGAUCGUCUGAUACCCUGGUUGCUCGUUUGAGGGGGAUUGUUAGUGCAGAAAAGCUGACUCAUUUGUCUCUUCUUAGCCAUACUAGUUUUGUUGCAAGCGUGCUCUUUUCAUCAACAAGAGGUUCUGCUCUGCUCCGUGUUGGGAGGUCAGGAGACAGUUUUUUGCUUUCAGGCCAGCGUUGGUGAGCUCUGAGGUGAUCAAGGUCUUGUUUCACCGCGAUUACUAGAGUUUCUAACACCAGAGCUAAAGAUGGAACUUGUCUACUUGGAAAGGAGAAAUGGGUUAGAUGAAGAUAGCGCCUCUCCAGAGUUUAGUGGAAGGUCAGCAAUUGACCAUCAACACCUGACAGUUGCUACACCUGAGGUGAAGUCUGAUUUAGGACAGACAAUGUACAAGCAUCCAGUACCAUCAGAUGAGAAGAAAAGCAGGAACUGCCAGUCAUGUCAUAAGUCGUCGUGUUCUUGUAGGAGCGAAGUGUUCCAUUCAGAUUUGUACCCGACGCUUCCUGCGAAGAUGAUGAUACUGGAGUUCCUCAUCAGGAGCCUGAGGCACCCAACAAGAACCCACAACGUGAGUGAUCUCGAUGACAUGAUUAGCAAUGGAGCUAGCACAGGGAGUGUAGUUCUUGGUCCUUCAGAGAAAAUGAUGUUGGAUUCUUUGCAUUCCCUUGUUGAUGCGAAAGCAAGGCCGAAAAGUCCUUCAUUCUUCCACUCAGGAGCUAAGAUGAGAAAAGCUCGGUCAAAAUCCCACAUGAUAACACAGUCAGAGAUACUGAAGCUUAUAUCUCCUGAGACAUGGGAGAUCUCAUCCCCUGGCGCAUCGCCAUUGAAGAAGAACACAGCUGAGUUGAGCAUGAAUGAGAAGAUGGUGUCCUCUUGCUCUGAUACACCAUCUUUGAGUUCAAAGCAACCUGUUUUGUCCUCAUGCUCAUCGUCUCUAAGUGCAGGGCUUCUACAGUGCAUAUGGAGGGAUGGUCUUCCACAUUUUGAACUGUCACUGGACAAUCCUAUGGCAGUAUACACGGCAAAUCCUACCAAGGCCCAGGACAAUGACAAGUCCCUUGACUUUGUCUACUUGCUCCAUUCAGAUGAGCAAGGGAGAAAAGAUUGGCUAGGCAACUCAAGCAAUGUGUCACGGCUUGUCGGCAAGAUGAAGGUAUCAAGUUCUUUAGUUCUAAACUCAGAUAAGUCGACUUCUAUGGAGACAGAGUUUGUCUUGUAUGGUUCACCAGAUGAUUACCUGAGGCAAUUGCAAAGUUCAUAUGCUGUUACAAAAAGCAAGGGGCUAGCCAAGAGAGUAGCAGACAUUAUGAAGCCAGCCAAUUUGAACUCUAGUCCAAAACAUGUGUGGAAGUUUGGCAAAUCUUCAACCCAACAGGUUGACGAGCUGCCUGAAAUAUCUGAAGGUGAACAGUGCAGUGCCAAAGAAUCAGUCCUCAAAAAUCUCACCGCCGAUGAUCUGCCUACCAACCAGGAGAUAGCAGCAAUUGUAGUCAGAAAACAGCAGCGCGAACGGCAGAAAUCGCCUGUUCUUGGUGGCUGGGGGCUCAAGUUCCUUGAGAAGGCUGGAGCCACUGCUCAUACAGGGAGCAGUGAAGAUGCUGAUGUUCAGACCAGGAAGAGUAAUGCAGGGAGUGUAAGUGCUAUUGUUCCCCGAGGUUACCAUGGCGGCACGGCUUCGAAGAACGGCGGCCCUGCCGGCCUCAUCGAGAGAUGGAGGUCAGGAGGGCAUUGUGAUUGCGGUGGAUGGGAUCUUGGUUGCCCAAUUAGAGUGCUGCAGAAUGAUGGCUGUGGCACAUCGCCUCAGUCAGAGUCCCAGGCACAUGACAGAAAAUCAAUAGAGCUACUAUCACUGAAGGGUGGGAAGAAUGAGCCCAUGUUCAAGCUUGUGAAUGUCACAGAUGACCUGCACAUCAUAUACUUUGACUCCAGUCUUUCGCCGUUGCAAUGCUUCUCAGCAGGAAUAGCAAUUAUCCACAGCCAGGCGCCUCAGCUCCAUCCAAAACUGUGAAGACAUCUUGAUCUUGUUUAAGACUAAAAUAUAGAAUAGAAGAUUUUAAAUGCGUCAUCUUGUUUCUUUUACUUGAUUUCAUAAGGGGAGGUUAUCCUCCUGUUAAAUUGUUAAUAUUUCAGUCUAUUCCAUCAUUUUUAAUCUUAAUCUUGUUUUAACGCUAUAAUGUGCUAUAAAUCGCUGGUAGGUACCUUGCUAUGGUAAAUUUUCUUUCAAAUGGUUUGCAGAAGGAUGUACUCCCUCGAGCCAAGGGAUCAUUUAUUAAGAACAAUUUCAGAACAAACCACGCCAUCGUACAGUAGGAAGCGUCAUUUGACAUACGAUAUUAAGAUUUCACCAACCACAGCACAGUAUUUUCCGAGCUGCAUCCAAACUACAAUAAAGAAAUUUACCAGCGGCAUCAGUACAGUAGAGUAUCCAUGCA